AUGGUUAAAAAGCCCACCAGAGGAGAAAAUAUUUUGGACGUUUUUAUGACCAAUACUCCUUAUCUGUGGGAGAAGGUCAAGUGCCACAACAUGGUUAUUGCAUGUCCACGAACAUCUGCUGAGGCUAAACGUAGCACCAUACAGUUUAGAGAUGUCAGAGAACAUAGGAAAUUUCAUAUAGCUUAUAUGCUUGAAGUUAUUAUUGACAAGAGGUCUUUUCUGUUAUUGAUUGUGAAUUGAAAUGUGACGAGCUACCUAAUACCCUUUGGACCAUGUUUUAGGAGUGUUUCCCGCUGAUUUCUGUUCGUACAUCCUCUAGGGAUCCUCCUUUCAUUUCGCCAUUGGUUAAACAUCUUUUGAAAUUUAGGAAUAGGCCGCAAAAGAGAUCCAAACUGCUCCCUGUUGGCCUUGAGAACAGAAUUAACCAUCUUAUUGGGGAAAAUCAACGACAAGCUGUCAAGCAGGAAUCUUGCAUGUCUGGCAGGGCUCGCGUGCUUGGUGGUCCACUGUCAAUACCAUCACUGGAAGAGAUACUCAGCCCCAGUUGA